CAUUUCAUAAUUUAUAUAUACGCUCAAGAAUCAAUUUCAUUUAGAUGAUCAGCACUUUAUCAUACUUUGUAUAUCUUCUCAAGUUAAAAAUUAAAGAAAAUAUAACUAGUUGCAUUGAAAAAUCCAGCAGGCUGAGUUCAAAUUGACGGCUCUUUUCCUCGAUAUUGCGCUAGCUUUAUCAUGUUCAAAGUCCAAAAACUUUGGCAAGCGCCAGAGAUCAAUCCUGUCAAUGGAAAAGCUCGCUCCAUCCCCAUCCUCAACCCUUUCAACAAAUAUGGCAGAGUCUUCUUCUUUUCCUGGUUCGGUUUCUUAAUAGCCUUUUGGUCCUGGUUAGUGAUCCUGGAACCCCUUUAUAUAUUGAUCUAACAUUAUGCUAACCCUUAUACCAGGUAUGCCUUUCCGCCAUUGGUAUGACUUACUCCUAUCAGUUCUUGGUUUCCAGCAUCUAACAUGUCCUAGUUAUCUCUCACAAUCAAGAAAGAUCUCCAUCUCACUCAAAAUGAGAUUGCCAAUUCAAAUAUCAUUGCUCUUGUUGCUACGUAAGUAUGAAAGCAUGGUUACUUCCUUUAAUAUACUAAUAGCUUCCCUAUAGCCUUCUGGUUCGAGUAGUCGCAGGUCCAUGUUGCGAUCAUUUCGGACCCAAGUUUACAUUUGCAGGAUGCCUUCUACUUGGUGCUAUUCCCACUGCUCUUGCCGGUACCGUCAAAACCGCAACCGGUCUUAUGGUCCUUCGAUUCUUCAUCGGUAUACUUGGUGGCUCUUUUGUUCCAUGUCAAGUAUGGUCUACUGGUUUCUUUGAUAAGAAUAUUGUUGGUACAGCCAACGCAUUGACGGGUGGUUGGGGUAAUGCGUGAGUACUCCCAUAGCCUAAUGUCAUUCUGCAUAUUGUUGAUCAUAUACUAAAACAUGACAUUACAGUGGGGGUGGAAUAACUUACUUUGUCAUGCCAGCCAUUGUCGAUUCUCUUAUACAAAAUCAAGGUCUUACCGCCCACGUCGCUUGGAGAAUAUCCUUCAUCGUGCCAUUCAUCCUCAUAACCACCACCGCCAUAUCGAUGUUAAUUCUCUGUCCCGACACCCCCACAGGCAAAUGGUCACAACGACAUCUCGCCGUGCAACAAAAUCUCCAAGCCCACGGCAUUCACAGUCCAUCCGAAAACAUAGUCUCCAUACCAGGCUCCAUUACGGACCGCAAAUCCGACAAAAUCCACACCUCCACCAACCCAACCUCAUCCUCCAACUCCACCCUCAACAACGAAAAGCGCCUCGAAGAAGCUCAAAUAGCAUCCACCAAACACCACCCCACCACCACCGACAACAACAAAAUCUCCCUCGAGCUCCCACCCCAAGAAAUACUCACCAUAGCCCACGGCGAAAUAAUCCAAAAACCCUCCCUCCACCACGCCAUAAACAUAAUCCUCACCCCACAAACCCUCCUAAUCGCCAGCUGCUACUUCUGCUCCUUCGGCGCCGAACUAGCCAUAAACUCCAUCCUCGGCUCCUACUACCUCAAAAACUUCCCCGCGCUAGGCCAAACCGGCACCGGUCGCUGGGCCGCGAUGUUCGGUCUCCUCAAUGUGAUUUUCCGCCCCCUAGGCGGCAUUUUCUCCGAUUUCCUCUACCUCAAAACAGGAAGUGUAUGGGCGAAGAAAAUCUGGCUGCAUGCUCUCGCGCUUGUAACCAGCGCCUUCUUAAUCGCAAUCGGACUCACAGAUCCGCAUGAGCAUGCGAAGAUGUUUGGACUGGUAGCCGGCAUGGGACUUUUCCUUGAAGCGGGGAAUGGGGCGAAUUUUUCCCUCGUGCCGCAUGUUCAUCCUUCGGCUAAUGGGAUUAUUAGUGGUGUUGUGGGUGGGUGUGGAAAUUUGGGGGGGAUAGUUUUUGCGAUUAUUUUUCGCUAUGAGGGGCGGGAUUACGCGAGGUGUUUUUGGAUUAUUGGCGUUUUUACUAUAGUGGUUAAUGUGGCUGUUUCGUGGGUGAAACCCAUUCCUAAGGGUCAGAUUGGGGGAAGAUGAGAUGAAAUGAGAUGAUUUGAUGGUUUGUUUUGUGCUUCUUGCUUUUGCUUACGGUUUUCGAUCUUUGGUUUUCGACCUUUCGUGCGGAUGUAUUGGGAUUAUAUUGUGGAGGGGAAAAUGUAGAUCAUAUCAAUCUGUGCUUGUAAAUGCUGGUUGUUGG